AUGGUAAAGCCCCACUUCUUCUCCUCUGGCAAUCUUCCCAGAAAGAUCAGGUGGGAAAACACCACUUCUCCUUCUCUGGCAAUCCUCCCAGAAGAAUCAGAUGGUAAAGCCCACUUCUUCUCUUCUGGCAAUCUUCCCAGAAGGAUCAGAAGGAUCAGGUGGAAAACACCACUUCUCCUCCUCUGGCAAUCCUCCCUGAAGAAUCAGAUGGUAAAGCCCCACUUCUUCUCCUCUGGCAAUCUUCCCAGAAGGAUCAGGGGAAAACACCACUUCUCCUUCUCAAUCCUCCCUGAAGAAUCAGAUGGUAAAGCCCCCACUUCUUCUCUUCUGGCAAUCUUCCCAGAAGGAUCAGAAAAUCAGCCCCCUUCUUCUCCUCCUCAAUUUUCCCAGAAGGAUCAACUUCUCCUCCCUGGCAAGCUCCCAGAAGAAUCAGAAGCCCCACUUCUUCUCCUCUGGCAAUCUUCCCAGAAGGAUCAGAAGGAUCGCCUUCUCCUUCUCUGGGGAAGAAUCAGGAAAAGCCCUUCUUCUCCUCCUCUGACAAUCCUCCCAGAAGAAUCAGAUGGUAAGCCCCACUUCUUCUCCUCUGGCAAUCUUCCCAGAAGGAUCAGGUGGGAAACACCACUUCUCCUCCUCUGGCAAUCCUCCCAGAAGAAUCAGAUGAAGGAUCAAGGACUUCUCCUCAGGCAAUCCUCCCAGAAGGGAAAAAGCCCCACCUUCUCCUCUGGCCUUCCCAAAAGGAUCAGGUGGGAAAACAACUUCUCCUCCCUGGCAAUCCUCCCAGAAGAAUCAGAUGGCAAUCUUCCCAGAAGGAUCAGGGUGGGGAAAACACCACUUCUCCUUCUCCAAUCAUCCCAGAAGAAUCAGAUGAAGAAUCAGAUGGUAAAGCCCCACUUCUUCUCCUCUGGCAAUCUUCCCAGAAGGAUUCUGGGGAAAACCACUUCUCCUCCUCUGGCAAUCCUCCCAGAAGAAUCAGAUGGUAAAGCCCCCACUUCUUCUCCUCUGCAAUCUUCCCAAAAGGAUCAGGUGGGAAAACACCACUUCUUCCUCCUGGCAAUCCUCCCAGAAGAAUCAGAUGGUAAAAGCCCCUUCUUCUCCUCUGGCAAUCUUCCCAGAAGGAUCCCAGAAGAAGAAUCAGAUGGUAAAGCCCCACUUCUUCUCCUCUGGCAAUCUUCCCAGAAGGAUCAGAAGAAUCAGAUGGGGAAAACCCCACUUCUUCCUCCUCUGGCAAUCUUCCCAGAAGGAUCAGGUGGGAAAACACUUCUCCUCCUUCUCCUCCCUCUGAAGAAUCAGAUGGUAAAGCCCCACUUCUUCCUCUGGCAAUCUUCCCAGAAGGAUCAGGUGGGAAAACACCACUUCUCCUCCCCUCUGGCAAUCCUCCCAGAAGAAUCAGAUGGUAAAGCCCCACUUCUUCUCCUCUGGCAAUCUUCCCAGAAGGAUCAGAAGAAUCAGAUGGUAAAGCCCCACUUCUUCUUCUCCUCUGGCAAUCUUCCCAGAAGGAUCAGGUGGAAAACACCACUUCUCCUCCUCCAAUCCUCCCAGAAGAAUCAGAUGAAGGAUCAGGUGGGAAAACACCCUUCUCCUCCUCUGACAAUCCUCCCAGAAGAAUCAGAUGGUAAAAGCCCCCUUCUUUCCUCCUCUGGCAAUCUUCCCAGAAGGAUCAGGUGGGAAAACACCACUUCUCCUCCUCUGGCAAUCCUCCCAGAAGAAUCAGAUGGUAAAGCCCCCUUCUUCUCCUCUGGCAAUCUUCCAAAGGAUCAGGGUGGGAAACACCACUUCUCCUCCUCUGGCAAUCCCCAGAAGAAUCAGAUGGUAAAGCCCCCUCACUUCUCCUCUGGCAAUCUUCCCAGAAGGAUCAGGUGGGAAAACACCACUUCUCCUCCUCUGGCAAUCAUCCCAGAAGAAUCAGAUGAAGGAUCAGGUGGGGCAAUCUUCCCAGAAGGAUCAGAUGGGAAAGCCGCCACUUCUCCUCCAAUCUUCCCAAGAAGGAUCAGGUGGGAAAACCCCACUUCUCCUCCUCUGGCCUCCCAGAAGAAAGGGAUGGAACUUCUUCUCCUCUGGCAAUCUUCCCAGAAGGAUCAGAUGGAAAACACCACUUCUCCUCCUCUGGCAAUCCUCCCAGAAGAAUCAGAUGGGAAAACAAUCUUCUCCCAGCCCUUCUUCUUCCUCUGGCAAUCUUCCCAGAAGGAUCAGGUGGAAAAACCACUUCUCCUCCUCUGGCAAUCCUCCCAGAAGAAUCAGAUGGUAAAGCCCCACUUCUUCUCCCUGGCAAUCUUCCCAGAAGGAUCAGGUGGGAAAAACACUUCUCCUCCUCUGGCAAUCCUCCCAGAAGAAUCAGAUGGUAAAGCCCCACUUCUUCUCCUCUGGCAAUCUUCCCAGAAGGAUCAGGGAAAACACCACUUCUCCUCCUCACAAUCCUCCCAGAAGAAUCAGAUGGUAAAGCCCACUUCUUCUCCUCUGGCAAUCUUCCCAGAAGGAUCAGGUGGGAAAACACCACUUCUCCUCCCUCUGGCAAUCCUCCCAGAAGAAUCAGAUGGGCCCCACUUCUUCUCCCAAUCUUCCCAGAAGGAUCAGGUGGGGAAAACACCACUUCUCCUCCUCCAAUCCUCCCAGAAGAAUCAGAUGGUAAAGCCCCUUCUUCUCCUCUGGCAAUCUUCCCAGAAGGAUCAGGGGGGAAAACACCACUUCUCCUCCUCUGGCAAUCCUCCCAGAAGAAUCAGAUGGAAAAAGCCCCACUUCUUCUCCUCUGGCAAUCUUCCCAGAAGGAUCAGGUGGAAGAAUCAGAUGGUAAAGCCCCCUUCUUCUCCUUGGCAAUCUUCCCAGAAGGAUCAGGUGAAAAACCUUCUCCUCCCAAUCCUCCCAGAAGAAUCAGAUGAAGGAUCAGGUGGGGCAAAAAACACCACUUCUCCUCUGACAAUCCUCUCCCAGAAGAAUCAGAUGGUAAGCCCCCCUUCUUCUCCUCCCUUCCCAGAAGGAUCAGAUGGGAAAACACCACUUCCUCCUCCUCUGGCAAUCCUCCCAGAAGAAUCAGAUGGUAAAGCCCUUCUUCUCCUCCUCUGGCAAUCUUCCCAGAAGGAUCUUCACUUCUCCUCAGCAAUCCUCCCAGAAGAAUCAGGUGGUAAAGCCCCACUUCUUCUCCUCUGGCAAUCUUCCCAGAAGGAUCAGAAGGAUCAGGUGGAAACACCACUUCUUCUCCUCUGGCAAUCUUCCCAGAAGAAUCAGGUGGUAAAAAAGCCCCACUUCUCCUCCUCCAAUCUUCCCAGAAGGAUCAGGUGGGAAGCCACCACUUCUCCUCCUCUGGCAAUCCUCCCAGAAGAAUCAGAUGGUAAAGCCCCACUUCUUCUCCUCUGGCAAUCUUCCCAGAAGGAUCAGGGAAACACCACUUCUCCUCCUCUGGCAAUCCUCCCAGAAGAAUCAGAUGGUAAAGCCCCCACUUCUUCUCCUCUGGCAAUCUUCCAAAAGGAUCAGGUGGAAAACACCACUUCUCCUCCUCUGGCAAUCCUCCCAGAAGAAUCAGAUGGUAAAGCCCCUUCUUCCUUCCUCCUCUGGCAAUCUUCCCAGAAGGAUCAGAAGGAUCAGGUGGAAAACACCACUUCAAUCCUCCUCUGGCAAUCCUCCCAGAAGAAUCAGGGAUGGUGGAAAAGCCCCCUUCUUCUCAACCAUCUUCCUGAAGAAGGAUCAGGUGGGAAAACAUCAUUUCUCCUCCUCUGGCAAUCAUCCCAGAAGAAUCAGAUGGUUCUUCUUCUCCUCUGGCAAUCUUCCCAGAAGGAUCAGGUGGGAAAACACCAACUUCUCCUCCUCUGA